GCAAAACGGGAAGCAAGUUCGACUUACGAAGAGAGAAGACCGAAGAAGACACGGACGUGCGAUACGGAUCGAGUGCUUCGCGGAACACUAGGCCUACAUUACUGUUUUGUUGAUUAAUUCUGUUUUUUAAUCUCGUGAAAAUAUUUCGUACACCUCACACUGCUAGACAAGAUCAUACAUCAUAGACUCUGAUGCAUAGUUGACCCCUUAAAAUGAGUGACAACAAUUGGGUCACACGUCAGCCAAAAGUUAAAGUUGAAUCAAUGAUAUGGUUCCAUGGAAAAAUAUCUCGGGAAGAGGCAGAGCAGUUAUUAAAGCCGUGGAGGACCGGUCAGUACUUGGUGCGGGAGAGUACCCACUUCCCAGGGGAUUACACAUUAUGCGUUUGCAUCUCCGGCAAAGUUGAACAUUACCAUGUGAUAUAUAAAGACCGCAAGUUGACAAUUGAUGAAGAGGGAUUUUUUGAUGAUUUGACGAAAUUAGUAGAGCAUUACAAAGAUGAUGCUGAUGGUCUGGUUUCGCACCUCAUCACACCGGUUCCAAAGAAAGGUUAUGCCUUCAAAGAAAAUAAUGCACAGCAUAUUCUUCGAAAUGAGGGUUGGGCCAUCAACAGAAAUGAAAUAACAGUUGGGAAGGUCUUAGGAAGUGGACAGUUUGGGGAGGUCAAAGAGGGUGAAUACAAAAACAAGAAAGUUGCAUUGAAAGCAAUGAACGAAUCACAACGCAACUUAGAUCCAUUUUUAGCAGAAGCAUCAAUUAUGACGCAACUUAGACAUCGCAAUCUGGUGCAAUUGAUUGGUGUAGCUCUUGGAAAUCCUGUGUAUAUAGUGUUAGAAUUUAUGGCAAAAGGAAAUUUGUUAGAUUAUUUACGAUCAAGAGGAAGAGCAGUGGUAACAAAAAAGCAGCAACUAGAUUUUUCAAAAAACAUAGCAGCCGGCAUGAAUUAUUUGGAAACUAAAAAAUUUAUCCAUCGGGACUUAGCCGCCCGAAAUAUUCUGAUAUCGGAAGAUGACACGGCAAAGGUCUCGGACUUCGGUCUAGCUAAGGACGAUACAGUGACAAUGGAUAGUGGGAAGAUCCCAGUCAAAUGGACGGCACCUGAGGCAGUUAGAAAGAAUCAAUAUUCAGCUAAAUCUGAUGUAUGGAGUUUUGGUGUGUUACUUUGGGAGCUGUAUUCUUUUGGUAGAGUGCCAUACCCCAGGGUGCCUGCAGAUAACGUCAUAGCUUAUAUUGAGGAAGGUUGCCGUAUGCAAGCCCCUGAAGACUGUCCUGAUCACAUAUACAAAAUAAUGGAACAAUGUUGGUAUUUGAAUCCGGAAAGAAGACCCACAUUUAGUCGCAUAUGUGACCUGCUUGAGUGCUUAACACCAUUCUUCUCAUCUUGAACAGCUUACGGUGCAUAUUCUAAACUCUAACUGCACUGACAUUUUGACAAGAAGCAUGUCAACACUAACUUUUCCACAAACCUGUUGCAAAAGGAGGAUUGUUCCCUUUUAUGUAGGGUGUAAAUCAUUUUCUCAACACUCUUCAACCAAGGAGGUAAUGAAGAGCAUGCUGGACUGAUAUAUACUGUUUCUGAGUUUUCAAAUACUAUAUUGUUUUAUAUUUAUAGAUAAAUUGUUUUGUUUUAAGAAAAACUUAUUUGUUAAGUGUGUGAACAUAGUGCAAAUUGUGCACAUGAUCUUGCAAAACUUAUUGGGAGCUUACAAUUGCGUUUCCUGUUUUCUUGCCUUCCAGCGUAUUGUUGAUUGCUCUUCUCCUGUUUCUAAAAUCAAUAGAAUGGAUUUAGGAUGAUAGAGAUUGAAUUAAAAGAGAUCAAAUAAGUUAAUUGUAAAUGCGAUGGAAAAUAUUUGAGUAUGCAAGAGAUGGGAUCAGUGUAAUGGAGAUGGGAAGAGUAUGAUAGAGAUGAUUUGGGAUUAGUAUGAUGGAGCUGAGCUGGGAUUGUCAAGGUUAAUAUGUGGGUAUAAUAGAGUUGAGAUUAAAAAGAUGAAGGUGGAAAUAUGUGGGAGAAAUGGGAUUUUUAAUGUUUAAUCAUAGGGUCUGUUGUUUAAUUUUUGAUGUUCUCGUCAAGUACAUAGACUGAUUGCUUCUCUAAAAUUGAAUGAACAUGCUGUCAUUUUUCAAACUUUAAGUACUGUUCAUUGUAAAUUUGUUUAACGUAAGAGAAAUUAAAUCAAACAAUUAAAUGUUUCAACCAUUACUUAAGCUUAAACUUGCAUGUAUUUGAGUUUUAACAGUGGUGUAAACAAUUAGAUGCUUGCACCACUGCUUCAACUCAAAUACAUGUGGAAAAUGAAUGAAUUGACUUAAGAAUUAAUUUUAUACUAUUUAUGCAAAUUUUUAAAAUUAUAGUUUAUUAUGUUUCAAAAUAUUCUCCAGGCAUGCAUUUGGUAUUUGAUACCAAAUAUGGUGUCCUGUCCAGUGAUCUUUUUGGCACCUAGAUGCUUAAAAUUUUAAUUCCGAAGACUGUGAGUGGAGUUUUUCCACUUUAGGACCAAACUUCAUUGUUUAAAGCUCUUGUUCUGAGCUCAUUUCAGUAAUUGCUUGCCACGUGCUAAAAGUAUCAUCUCGGCAUACGAGUCUGCAACAAUUUUUUGGUUGAACCCUCUGACAAUAAAUUGGAGGAAUUUGCCAUUCUGUUGCAGGGCACUUUAUCCAAAUUGUCUGUCUCUGCCUGGGAGUGGUAGUGAGUGUAAAGUUUUGGAUACUAUUAGUGCCAAGAAUUACUUACUGCCACAAUGUGGUAAUACUGACCAGAGUUGAGCAAGUGUUCCACAGGCUCUAAUUCAUUAUAUUUUAAAUUAUAAGAGAUUGCCAGAAUUUUUUCUUAGUUUUCUAUCAUUAACUUUUCUAUUUUUGAAAUACUAUAUUAGUUUUUCAUUUUGUUUGUAUUUACAUUACUUGUACUCCUUAAUACAAUUCACAUGUGUGCACAAAUUAGCAUAAAAAGUGUAUAUUGUGUGGGGAAUGUUUUGGUUAUAUAUAAACCAUUUUAAUAUUCAUAACGAUUGCUUCCUUUGUAAUUUAUAUUACAUUAUAUCUAUUUUAGUAAUUUGUUUGUGUUGAAGGUGCUAGCGAAAAACCAAUCUCUAAACAUGUCAUUUGAAAGCAGUGUGAAUCUCCAUCAAUAUCCAUUCCCACAUAUAUGCAAAUUUAGUUACAAAUGAAAUGUAUGGACUUCAAAUGAAAUGUAUGGACUUGUGCUUUAUAGAUUGAAUUCUACUUAAUAAUAUGUAACUUAAUUCUUGAAAAAGGUUAACAAUACUUAAAGUAUAUAAUAGUUGAUCAAUGGACAUAUGUAAAUGAGCUAUAUUCUAGAUCAAGGCUGAAUUACCUCACUGUAGGUUUGCUUUAAAUUUCAAAUAUGCAUAAAAUAUGAGAAACAGAGUUAACAGUAUAUGCUUUACUUUCUUUUUGUCUCAAUACACAUAUUGGACUAAAUGUGAACAGGACUCUUAAUGAAUCAUAUCAUGACUCCCAAUGACUGAAGCGCGACUCGCAAAAUGAAUUCCAUUUCACUUUUGCGAGUUCCAUCAAUGUUUACACUGUGUUGAUGCAAUGCGAUCACAUCACUACUACUUACUGUAUUUGUAACUAGACUUCAUGUGUGAUUUGUAUCUUAGUGCAGCAUGACAUGAAACCUAGAUGUAUACAAUACAUAUCUUUAUUAUUUUGGUUGGGAAAAAUAUGUAAUGACAGUACAGUAUAUAUAAUAUAAAAAUAAAUUACACAGUUUGCAUGACAGAAUGUGAAUUUCUGAUUUUUCUGUUUUUGUUAAUUUCAUUUCUUAGGUUUCUAUGCAUAUUGUGCCUUAGUGUUACUCCACGUAGGUUUAUGAACGAGUCCUGUAUAUUUUCAUAGUACAUGUACAGUAUUUGUGUAGGACCAGGCAUCAUGUCUCCUUUAUUCAGCAAAUGGAGUAAUGUGAAUUCAUUUGUAUCACUUCCAUCUUUUGCGGAUUAGCGAUAGGGCUAUUUGAAUAUUAUAUUGUUCGCCAUACCUUACUACAAGCAACCAUCAUAGUUCAUGUCAAUGUUCAAUGUAAAUUAGAUGAAUAAAUAUGAAAGAAAAGUUGA